AAACCCACUGAAGCCAUUAGAGAGGUCCCGGCUAAUGGCAGGUGGCGAGCGCCCAAGCAAGAGGCCACCACCAUUUUACCAUUUUUCCCCUGGCAUAGGGACAGCGAUUUCUCCUUCCUACUUCCUUCUCCAUCUUGCAUCUGGCUCCUCCCCAGCACGAGUCAGAACACGGGGUAGUGUGCUGCAAGUUGCGGUUUAUGAGUUAAAUAAGGUUCUGCAAUCCAGCUGGCAGGCAGGCACCUCCGCCCCAGGAAGGUUCCUGGACUCCUCACUGCCAAGUGAGGCGUUGCGCCUGGAAACGGACUGCAGCUGGGCAGUGGACUCCGUGAGGUUGCUUGCAGGAAAUCCACAAGCUCCCUUCUAGCCUCACUCACUCACCUGUCUCUUUUUGCUUCCCUCACAGGAAAAUGGCUGAUGGUUUUUCGCUCCAUGAUGCCCUGUCUGGGCCUGGACAACCAAAUCACCAAGGACAUCCUGGCCAAUGGGGGAACCAGCAUGGUGCACCAGGCUACCCAGCGGGCCCCCAUCCUGGACCCUACCCUGGGCAUGGGCCCCCAGGACCUUAUCCUGGACAUGCACCCCCUGGCCCCUACCCUGGCCCUGGAGGCUUCCCCGGGCAUCCAGGUGGACCUGGCGCCUACCCACCCCCACCCCAUGGACAGCCAAGUGCUGCUGGAGGUUACCCAGCCGCCGGCCCUUACAGCACCCCUGGUGGAACACUGGCCCUGCCGUAUGAGCUGCCUCUGGUUGGAGGAGUCAUGCCCCGCAUGAUGAUAACGAUUCUGGGCUCGGUGAAGCCCAAUGCUAACAGAUUUGCUCUGGAUUUCAAGAGAGGGCAGGAUGUUGCCUUCCACUUUAAUCCUCGCUUCAAUGAGAACAACAGGAGAGUCAUUGUCUGCAACACCAAGACAGAUAACAACUGGGGAAAGGAAGAGCGGCACAUGGCGUUCCCCUUUGAAAUUGGUAAACCCUUCAAGAUACAAGUCUUGGUGGAACCCGAUCACUUCAAGGUCGCGGUUAAUGACGCCCAUCUGUUGCAGUACAAUCAUCGCAUGCGACACCUCAGGGAAAUCGGCAAACUGGGAAUUUCCGGUGACAUAAACCUCAACAGUGCUUCACAUGCUAUGAUAUAAUCUGGAAGGGACAGACAGCUUCAAAAAGUAAAAUUCAAUCUAAACCUAUGUUUAAAAGCUUUAUGUUCACUAUGAGGGACAGGCUUCACAUUUAUUCACCAGCAUCCUUCUUGUAGAUCAUCCUUUUAAUAAACAUUCUUAUGC